AUGGCACUGAACUUUGGGAGGAGAACAAUUUCAUACCACCACUGCCACCAAAUUUUGGAAGGGGUGCAGGGAGACCUUCUAAGGCAAGGAGAAGGGAGAGUAAGAAGAAACAGUGGUCCAUCCCUUAGAAGCCUAGCAAGUACUGUGAACCCAACUUUGUUUCCACCACUGUCAAAUCAUGAAGAUGAAAGUAUGGUGAUGGAAGAAAUUCCUACACAACAGUCCCAGACACCUUUGAUAGCCACAAUGCAAAGAUCAACUCCUGGACCAUCCAUGUAUGAGCAAUUAGUCAGGGGAAACCCAGUGCAGCCUACAAGGGCCACACAUGGAGUUCAAAUCAGAGGGCCUCCUACAUUUACAGGAGAGAGACCUGUUUUUUCUAUGGGAAGCAGCAUUACAUUAGCACAUGAAAAGGUUGUACUUGAUAAGGGAAAAAAGUACUUGAACCUCGAAUUUUUCAAUGUCAGCACUCUUACUUGA